UUGUGCUUGAUUGUGCGAGACUAUUCACACCAUUCUGCGUGCAUUGCGCCAAUCUGGAUUCAUCCUGGGACUAGCCAGAGCCAACCCAUCAAGUGCAGGCAUAAACAAACGGAGUGCGACCUUCUCGACAGACACUGUUCAGAGGGCCCAGGCGUGCUUCUUAACAUGUCCGGUCAAACUCCCCGCACAUCCCUUCGAGAGGGUUUGCGGCAGGCCCCCAAAGCUAAUCAACCGUUCAUCCCCGAUACUACACCUGCUAGACGAUCACAUAUCCAUGCAAACCAGUCACCACAGCCCGUGCCACUGACCUUAAGUCAUUCUAACUCACCCGCACCGAACCUGAAUAACACCCACCCUUCGAGUGAGAUCUGGGAAGGAAGGGAUCAGAAAGUGCCCAUGAACACACGCGAGGUUGCAACUCCAGGCAACAGACCGGGUCUGUUCCUCAGUAUGCACGGCAAGACAGUCAAGCAACCCGACUUCUACGACCCUUACUUCCCCCUCAAAUAUCUCGAAGUUCAGACGCCGAAUCACAUUUAUAAACGCGCACAUUACGGGCUACAAUCAGGCAUCUCGGAUGAGGUUGACUUUGCGCUGUAUCAUCUCGUCCAAAUAUCCAACCAGCGCUGGGACAAAUUCAAGUUCGAGGGCUUUCCGUUGUUGGCCGAAACACUGAUGGAGAAGGCCCUUGACAUAUCACUUUUAAUCACGGGAGUGAAGUGGGAAUUGCAAUAUGACGUCCGUGAACCUAUGGCCCGUGUCAACGUACUCAAUUCGCUAUAUGGCACAAGAGAUAUUCUCGAGAGAAUCAAACAUAUUCCCGUUACACUGCCGGAGGACACACUCGAGACAUACGAAUUCAAUCACCGUCUACGGAACGUCAAAGAAGCGACAUUGGUUCUUCGAAACAUGGUCUUAUUGAAGGAAAAUGCAUUCUAUGUGUCACGAUAUGCUAAGGGCCUUCUGAGAGAUUUCUUGGUGAUCUUAAUCAACCUCCCGAAGCAACCCCGUCUCAAUGAAAUUAGAAACGAUGCUUUGGACAUCGCAGAGGAGGUGACCAAGUUCAUGCGGACCGAUCCAGAAGAUCCACUCUGGAUUUCUCUACUCCAUUGCUUGGAGUCUCCUGAUCGCGCUCAUGUUGUGCGAGCUCUGUGGGCGCUGACACACUUUUCAACCGAGCUCGAAGAACCAGAAGGGAACCGGGCCAUGGAGCGCAUGCCCAAACAAACCCUGCAGCAGCUUUACUUCCACACACUUCUCGACUUGGACAAGGAUAUCUUGAGCGGUGCUCUGGACUUCUGGUACCAAUACACACUCUCGCGCGAUAACAUCGAGACCAUGCUCGAUGUCUUCGAUUUUCCCAGCAUCUUCGUUCCACGCAUGAUCGCGCUGCUGACGUACGAGGCCCGGCCCACCAAAAUGGAAACCGUUCUACAAGAUGAGAAGGUUGCACCACCGCCAUCGGAAAUCCCCCGUGUACCCCCUGAGCUUCUUAAGGACCUAAUGGAACUAUCUGAGCCCGAGCGGAGCUCGCGCUGGCUCAGGUGCUGCUUUGUAGAGGAUGCGGAAUGCGAAAUUACACAAAUUGCCCUCUGGCAGGCUUACCAGAGUCGAUUUGCCGACCCUCGCUUACCAGGAGGUGGCGUUCUUCCUGCCGCCGAGUUCAUCAAAAACGUGAGCACGACAUUCACCAAUGCUCAAGCGCAGGUCAUCAAUGGCCCGGGCUCCUCGCCCCGUUUCAUUAUCAAAGGCAUCCGCCCUCUGGAGACAGCCUAUACCUUCCAGGGCUUCCCCUACAUCUACUGCAAAUGGGCCGACGACUCCAAGCCCAGCAAAACCUGCCAGCGGGCCUUCUCCGCCCCGACGGAUCUUCGCAAUCACGUUUUCGCUGAUCACAUGAAGCUCAAGCCCACCGAAACGCCCGGCCACUACAAUUUGGACAACGCCGAAUCGGCUGUUCAUACUUGUCUUUGGGACGGCUGCACGCGAUUCCGCGGCUCUGGCGCCAGCGCGAACACUGCCGCGGUUGCCGGUCACGUCGCCUCUCACCUUCCGGAAGAACGCGCCGCAGAUGCAGAAGCCCCCGUCUCCAAGCGGACUGUGCUUCAGGAGCGUAUUGUGCGGAAGUGGUUUUACCUCAAUACGCCAGUCAGCGAGCGUGGCGAACCCAUCGGGGUAGCUUAUAAAGCAGCCCUAGUCCUGCGCAACAUUGCCCGUAAUCUUCCCACAGGUGUUGUCCAAAAAUACAACGGUCUUCCCUGGAAGAAAGCCGUCUUUCUCAGUCAUCGGCCGAAGAUUGUGGAAGUAUGGGAUCGGAAUCGGUCUUUGCGCAAGGAACUGACGGAACUGAUUAUGUUGAUCGAGAAGGAGGAUUAUUAUUGAAGCAAAGAGAAAACAAACACAAGCAAAACAGGAAGACAAUUAUUAACCACCAUUUUUCUUUCUCCCUCUUGCCCCUUUGAC